AUGUCAGCUCUUCCUUGUCGGCACCACCAGGGCGAGCUCUUCAUCACUGUUUCAGCUAAACCACCCAAUGCCACUCUCUGCAUGAGGCAGGGUCAAUUUUCUGACUUUCGUGCCCUCAGGGCUGACUUAGCCAUACUUACAUGUCCAGAGCCACCUUCACUCUACCAUCCAGUCAAAGUGCAGGAGCCCACUCUCCCACGUGCUGCAGCCUGUGAGGGGUUGGGUCAGAUCUCCCACUCUCACACCCUUGGCCUGGUUCACCUGUGCCGUCACCAUAAGGGCCAGCCCCACUGUAUUGUUCAGAGGAGGGCUUUUUGUUUUUUAAAUGUAGCUCUUUUAGAAAACGAUGAAAAGGAUGAAGAGGAUAUGUCUCUGGAUUCAGGGGAUGAUAUCUCACAUAUAGAAGUAUUCAGCAGUUUUCAUUCAGAAAUAUUGGCGAGAGAGACCAAAGGAUCAAGUGGAACAGAUCAAAAAAAAAAGAAUAUUCAAAUUGAAUUACAGUCAUCUCUUGACAUGCAAAACAGUUUAUUAGAAGAUAAGACUUACCAAAUUGAUUGUGAAGAGAAAGCUCCUAUUGAUAGAAUAUGCGCUGAAGGAGAAAACAGCAGUUCAGCACAAGAUUCGUAUAGCAACUUUCAGGCUUCCCAAAAUCAAUCAGAAAUGUCCCAUAAAUGUAGUCAUUUUAAUGUUCUCACUCAUGAGACGUUUCUGGGAACACCAUAUGCCCUUUCACCAACUCAGUCUCAAGAAAAUGAAAAUUACUUUUUAUCUGCUUACAAAAACUUGGAGAGAGAGAAAUCUCCACUAAGUUAAGGAUGUGUUCAAAGAGAAAUUACAGUAACUCAAAAAAAUAGGUUGUUGUGGACUUUUUUUCAGUUUCUUAAAAGUGAAUUGAUCAUUUAUAAACAAGUUUCUUGGCCUUUCUGAAAUGUUUUUUUUUUUUUCCUUUCCCAUGUAAAUCAUGAUGGCCUGUAACAUUUGAAGCAUCUGAGAAUUGAAAUAAAUAUAUAUUUUUGGACAUAUUGUAAUCAGAUUAUCUCAUGUUGGCACCUGUCAGUUUCACAUUUGUUACCUGUACUUGGGCUUCAAAUUAAAGUGUGUUUUAUAUGUAAAUUUUGAUGUUUUUAAAAGAACAGUAAAUAGUAAUGACUUUAAUGUCAGUUGAUAAUUAAUUUUGCUGAAAUGUCAACUAUUUAUUUUGAUUAAAGCUUUUAUAUGGUGUUUUUACGUAUGUAUAUGCCAGCAGUGUAAAUAUUUAUAAGAUUUUGGCUCAGUACCUCAAGCUAUAUCUAACAGUGCAAGUAGCAUUUUCUUAAUCUUUAGGCUUAGCUAUGGAAAAAUUUAUUUCACUUAAAUUUUGGUCAACCUUUUGAAAUCUUUGAUAAAUACUGUUUUGUAUGA